GGAGGAAUUGAUCCAAUUCUGCGCGGAAUGAUGGUAAUGCCUGUGAAACGGCCGCAGCGUUUAACAAAAGCAAUAACGGAAAAUAUGUUUGGUAGCACUGAUCUGGGUACCAUUAACAUACAGCGUGGCCGUGACCACGGUCUACCGCCAUAUGUACGAUUCCGACAACUGUGUGGACUUCGAGCUGCCACAUCAUUUGAUCAUGUUAGUUUAGCUUCUUAA